AUGAAGACCACUGCAUCAUUGGUCUUGAUGGCGGCUAUCAGGGCUGCGGCGGCCACAGCUUUGCCCGAAUCUCCUGUCUCGAACGUGAGGGCUCUUGCGUUCGAUCGCUUCUACCAAGUCUGGUUGGAGAAUACAGCAUACAGCGCCUCGGCUGCUGAUCCCAACAUGCAAUGGCUUUCCUCGCAAGGUAUCCUGCUGACCAAUUAUCAUGGCGUUACUCACCCAUCCGAGCCCAACUACUGUGCAGCUGCCGGUGGCGACACCUUCGGUAUGGACUGGGACCAGUGGUUCCAGGUACCCGCCAACAUCUCCUCGGUUCCAGAUCUCCUGGAUACCAAGGGCAUCUCAUGGGCUGAGUAUCAGGAGCAGUUGCCGUACGCCGGUUUCCAGGGUUUCAAUUACUCUAACCAAGAGACACUCAAAGAUGACUACGUCCGCCGACACAACCCCUUGGUUCUCUAUGAUGCCGUGGUCGUGGAUGAUACUCGUGCCCGCCAGAUCAAGAAUUUCACUGGUUUUGAGGCGGAUCUCGCAAACAAGAAGCUUCCUCAAUGGGCCUUCAUCACGCCGAAUGUCACAAAUGAUGCUCACGAUACAAACAUCACCUUCGGUGCGAAGUGGGAACGUCACUGGAUGUCUGCUCUGCUCCAGAACGACUACUUCAUGAAGGACACUCUUGUGCUGUUGACUUUUGACGAAGACAUAUACGAUAUCAGCGACAAGUCCGCCACAUUUGACCAGGGCAGCAGAGUCCACAGCAUCCUGCUUGGCGGCGCCAUCCCCGAUCACUUGAAGGGCACCACGGACGACACCUUCUACACCCACUACUCGACCAUCGCGUCCGUGUCCGCCAACUGGGGCCUCCCCUCUCUUGGUCGCUGGGACUGCGGCGCCAACAUCUUCGAGAUCGUGGCCAACAAAACCGGCUACCUCAACUACGACGUCGACCUCACCAACUUGUACCUGAACUACACCUACCCUGGCCCGUUGACCACCGGCAUUCUGGAGCAGUACUUUGGUGGUGCGACUAACCUCAAGACGUCGCCCAGUUCCAAGUGGACCUGGCCCGUUCCCAACGUGGAUGCCAAGUGUUCGGCUGGGUACGGCGUGCUGGAUACGGUGAAGAGGACAUACAGUGGCAUGAAGGCAACUUAUAACUACACUUCCCCCUAUCCCUGGGAUAGCGUUAGUGGUUACAAUCUCAACGUGACUGCCACUCGCAAGUCAGCCUACACUACGACGACGACUACUGAUACUAGUUCGACCAGCAGGGGUAGUGCCGCCACUGAGACACUGCCGGUCCUCUCCGGUACCUCUCGGGGCACAGGACCUAGCUUUAACGCUAUGCUUGUUGCUGUUGUUGCUCUUUUUGCUUUCCAGCAGUAG